AGUGUGGUGAGAGUGGGAGAGAGUCGACCCAGACAUGUGAUCAGCUGUUCACUGUUCAGUAGUGACAAGGCUGCGACUGUACACAGUUCAGUCACAUGUGAUACGUAGUAGAUGCGGUCAUGUUUGUGUUGACCGUGCUACUUUCUCUCCUUCAGAUUCUUCAAGCUGAAACUCGCUGGUCGUGUCACCGGACACUUGUGGAAGUGACAGUGUCGCCUCUGGUGAACGCCACGAGUAUCCGUCCUCUCAUAGUGUCCUGGAGGACAGAGACUGUCCAGCCUGGGGACUAUGUGGCUCUCUACUCCACUGGCAGUUCAGAGCCACUGGUGACAGUCCCAGUGACCUCUCCUAGUGGCUGGGUCGACACCGGCCUCCAGGAGAACCGCAGUGCCUGGGACACCCUCGCCUUCACGGAGCAAUGUCUGGGAUACUGGGUAUCUCUCAGGCGAGCCAACAGCUCCCAAGCUGUAGCAUCGUCUUGCCUGGGGACAGCACCGCGAUGGAUGGAACGCCAACGUGAAGUUAUCCAGAAUAUGUCUCUCAGAAACAUGUUUCUACCUGGGACUCACAACAGCGCAGCUUAUCUAGAGAACCAUCAGCCUUUCCGCGAGACAUUUGUACAGAAAUACAUUUUCAAUCAGGACCGAGGAAUCAGCAGACUUUGUCACUGUGUGCAGGACGAGAGAGUUCUCAACCAGCUGAUCUACGGGGCUCGAGUUCUAGAUUUGAGGAUAGGUUACUACCCAUCAACACCUGAGAUAUGGUGGGCCAAUCAUGGUGUUGUGCGUCUGCGGCCGCUCGUCCAAGUCUUGGACGAUGUAAAGCUAUUCGCCAAUAUGACGGAGGAAAUAGUCGUCCUGGACUUUCAUCAUUUUCCUGUAGGGUUCCAGAGCGACUCAUGGCUGGUUCACCAGGCUCUUGUAAAAUACGUGGAAGAUGUGAUGAGUGGCUACUUGAUAUCACCCUCCCUGGGGUGGGGAGCACCACUGUCUAGCCUGUGGCAAUCUGGGCGCAGAAUCGUGCUUAGCUACAACUACCAAGGCCCUUUGAUGGGCCAGUACGUCUGGCCUAGGAUUAUACAGAAGUGGGGCGAUGUACGCUCUGUCAUUGCUCUACACGAGUACCUAGCUGGAGUUGUUAACAGGCCGUACCCUUACCCUUGGGCAGCCAUGGCAGAGCUCACACCAGCUGCUGUGGACGUGAUCACUGGCAGGCUGGGCAGUCUGCGCCAGAUAGCCCACAACGUCAACCGCAACGUGACCGAGUGGUUCCGCGGUGACUGGGGCGCUCUCUGCAACAUCGUCAGUGUGGACUUCCUGAGGAGCUCGGGAGUGGUGAGGGCUGCCCUGGACUGGAACCUGUGGCGGGCUCGCGGCACCAAUUGUGGUUCAUGAUGAACUGUUGUCGGUAAUGUUCACGUUUACGCUCAAAAAAGGAAGAACAUGAUCAUCAAUUAUUACGCUAUAUACCUACUCAGGUAAUGCUGAGUUUCGAAAUAGUUCUAGAAGGCAAUACUGAACUGAUAGGUUCUAUAAACAAUCUUUUGAUUUUUUUCCAACUGUUUUGUCUGCUGAGAUUGUGUAAAACUUCGUUUCUAUACAAUUUAAUUUUAUAAACCAAAUUUAAUGGGACUAAGAAACGACGAGAAACCAAAAAAUUUUAAGAGUUCAAAAACAGUAAUACUUGAACGAAUGCUUAAUGUAUUUGAAAAACGCACUCCAAAACAAUUCAUGUGCUACAAAAAAAAAAAAAAAAAAAAAAAAAAAAAAAAAAAAAACACGAGAUAUACAUUGUUAUGUCAGAGAUCAACGCAUUGACAUAUUGCAAUGUAUACAUGUGAACUAUCUAUGUGUAUAUUUAUCGUCGCAACUUCGGCCGUAAUUUUUUACAUAUAUUUUGGAGGACAUUCUAAAAGUAAAUAAGAACAUAAGGUUCGUGGUGGGGCUAAUCGGAUCAAAAGGAACGAAGCAUAAGAGUGAAAGCCUUUUCCAACACAACUACCAUAGAGACAUUGAGAUUGUAUUAACUGGAGCAAAAAUUUAAAAGAGUGUUCUAUAGAAAACAUAAUAACCUAGGUAGCCACAACCGAUUCAUUACCAUAACUAACCGAAAAAUUACUGUAUUUUGAGAUUUCGAGAAACUUUUCAACUAAUAUUACUCGAUAAAGUCGAUGUUACAACUCAUGAUUGAAAACAUCGAAACAAAGAUGGACAGAACCCCACUAACUCAGAUUUCUUAACUACCCAACAUGUUGUUUUUUAUGUAAAGAGUAUUUUUUUCGUUUUUCUUACAAAUGUUAAACUUUUAAAAUAUUUACUGAUAAAGAACAAAAACAGUUUUAAAAUUUCUGGAAUGAGCAGAAAAAUUUAUUUACGCAUUUGAAUAUUUAUUGAUUACUAAUUGAGACGCCUUCCAUCAUUCUGCGAUCAUAAAUAAAGGUGUUAAAGUGUAUUAGGUCUUUAUAAUACGGUUCAAAUCAAGAUGGCUCCCAGAACACCCGCCUCAUAAACCGCUACACUGUUUCAUCGACUAGUAGUGUCAUGAGGCUUCACAGAAGUAUUGCGUAAUAUUGUAUUUAUACUUUAUAUUUAUUAGCAAACAUACAAUAUCACAAUUCCAAAUUGUAAAUUUUAGACAUAUUUUUUACAGCACAUUCCUUUAAACUGGACUUAUAUAGAAAAUAAAGAUAUGUAAGCAAAAAAUAAAUUUCGGGCCAAUGACAUUUUUUAUUCCAUAUUUCAAAAUCCUACACCUUUCUUUGGUGCUAUAAAAAUCGUUUUAAAAUUAUAUAAGUUACGUUUGGAGUUGAAGUCCUAAUGCUGGCAUAAAAUCAUAAUUGUAAUUAAUUAUAAAUUAAACAUGAGCUAAUGAAGCCAUAAUUUAGAUUUCCUUGAAAGUUAAAUAUUAUUGCCAUUGUAAAAUGUUUGAUAUUAACUUGAAAAAAUAAGUUAAUUUAUUAUUAAAGCAAAAGAGUCAGAUACGAUUUUA